AUGGAUAUGGACGGACCUGCUCUCGCGCCUCCCGAGGGAGUCACGCCAGACUUGGACAAUCCAGCCAACGAAAAUGGAUUGGCCAUGUUUGUGUUGAUAUUCUGCAGUGUCAUCUCGACUAUCUGUGUGCUUCUCCGUGGUUAUGGCAAGGUGUACUUGUUGAAGAGAUUUCAGCUUGAGGAAGGCUUGGUCCUAUGUGCUUUUGGAUGUUUUUGGGGUUGCGUCUGGUCCAUGUUUGGUGUCCUCAAAACACCAGGCUAUUUCGUUCAUCAAUACGAGGUCCGUCUAGGAGACCUCAUUCCGAUGACCUAUUACAUUUUCGUCAUGGGUAACAUCUAUGUCGUCGUUCUGGCGCUGCUCAAGGUCGCCAUGCUUUCUGAGUGGUCACGAAUCCUAGUGCCACGCAACAACAGGACAUCCAGUGUCUUUUGGUGGGGCUGUAUGAUCAUGAUCGCGAUCCAAGUGCUAGCUUGUGUCGGCAAUGUCAUUGCUCUGAAUGUCCAGUGCAUCCCUCACCAAGCCAGCUGGGACUUCACAAUUUUGGACGCGAAGUGCUUCCCCCUAUACACUCUCCAGCUAAGCUCUGGUAUCAUUUAUCUCACCACGGAUAUCAUCAUGUUCUUCAUGCCUCAGCAUCUCAUCUGGACCCUACAGAUGUCUUGGAAGAAGAGACUGGGAGUUUCGGUUGUCUUCGGCCUCGGUUUGCUGGCUUGUGUUGCCGCCGCGUUCCGUCUUCAAGUCACAGUCGUUUACGGACACGCCACUGAUGCCACAUACAAUCUCGGAAGCAUGAUUUUCUGGGUUAUGGCCGAGAUGACCUGCGCAUUCUUCGUCGUGUGUGUGCCGACCAUCCCCAAGAUUCUGCAGGACACGGGCAUCAUUCGUAGCAUCAAGCGUCGCUUUGGCCUGACAAAGACUGGACCUACUGGCGGCAGCGGAUACGGCACGAAGGGAGGCUUGCCCACAAAUCGAUCGAUCCCGACUUCCACCAGCAAGGCUUACUACAUGCUGGAUGAGAGUGGUGUUGAGAUGGGCGAUGUCAAGAGCGGAUCUACCUCUUCGACUGAGCACCUGCGCCAGGAGGACAAGGACAACUCGACUGUUGCCGUUCCUGCACGGGGCCAGAUCGUUCGCACGACCCGGAUCACAGUGAAUGAAUCGGCUGAGGCUGGCUAUGGCCGAAAGGAGGGCUAUCCCGCGCGUUCGUGGGAUUAA